AUGUCCCGUGGCACGGUCUUAUUUGAACCUUUCUUUGGCUAUAUCACUUAUCAUUUCCUUCCGUUGAAUUUGCCCACAAGCGGAUCCAGCACUCAUAGUCCUACAUCCAUACUUUCCGACAGCUCAACAGUUAUGCGUGCUUCAGAUCUUAUCAAGGCUGCAUUGCCAGCUUUCGUUACCUAUGCUGCUGCAGCUGACAAUUCGAAACCGUUUUCCCUCUAUGCUUAUGGCCCUGACGUUGGUGGCCUUUCGCUUUUCUCCUCAGGCGAUCAGCUAUACGUAGGCAACUUCAGCCGUCUUGAUGAUACCCAGGUUGCACCGAUCCAAUUCAUGCUAUCUGACGAUGGAUUGAUUGGUUCUCCCAACAAAACAGACCUUCCGGGCGACAGACAUCCUACAUGGUCCAACAAGUCCCUCGUCGUGCCUGGUCCAUCGUCUGCAUCUAAAUCUGUCAAAAUGGUUAACAGCACCGACGACACCAGCAACUACAUCUCAACCUUUAUGUUCUACGGAACAUUUUUCAUGGCUGAGGAAAGUGGAUCUAUGCUUUCUCUCUGGUAUAGGCAGGACACCGACAUUGAGGGUGUGUACACUGUCGGCUGGAAUGCUUCAACCUCGGCAAAGUCAGAUGAAGUGGUGCCUCUUACUUUGAAGAAGACCGCGCCAUCUAACCCGGGUCAUUAG